AUGGGAACCACAUAUGAUUACUCAUAUGAUUACAAUGUUCGAGAUUCGAAUAAAAAUAAUCGAGCCCAUGCGGGUGUUUCUCGUGGAACUGAACAUACUGGUCAGCAUACUCAACGGACCACUGGCCAUCAGAGUCUCCCAGGUGCAACGUUUAAUCGAUCGAGUAACAUCGAUCCAUUACUAAAUCUUCAACAUGAUCGUAUAUGGAAUAAACUCUACGAUCCAAUCGGUACGAGCAAAGCAACGCACGAAGCGGAAAUACAGGUUCGUUCUACCACUUUCUUCUGGUUGUCAAAAUAUCGACAAUAUUCUGAAUGA